AUGGCGGAACGACAGCGCUCGUCUUCCAUUAUAGUCCCCAAAGGUCGGGUUCAACAAACAGAAUCGGCCAGUUACCCGCCAGACGAUGCUCGUGCCAUGAGCCCCCGUCGCAACAGCCAAGACAUCGAGAAACUGGAGCACGACGUAAGGCAAAGCUUGAAAGAACAAGCCCGAACACUUCAGUCUUCUCUUGCCGCUCUCGCCGAGAAGAUUGAUGAGGUCAAAUCAGACCACGACAAGCUCGAGAGCGAGAAUCGUUUCUUGCAGGACUACAUUGGUGGUCUCACUAGAACCAUGUCCAAAGAGAACAAUCUCGGCCGAAGUAGUACUUCGGCGAAGAAGAAAGGACGACGAUAA